AUGACGCUAAAGAUGACCAACUUCUUUGGCCGUAGCUCUAAGCUUCAAACCAUGGAUGGAGGUGAAAUGGAAGACAUCACCUCCGAAAUGAAAGGUAUCACAUUUGAUAAUUAUAACGAUAGCAAAUUUUCUUUUGAGCCCACUGCUCCAACAAAGCUAGAGAAUCCUUUGCUAGAAAAUUACCUCCCGAAUGCUCAACUGAUAAGACCAAUGACCAGUUUAACCGGCAAGGAAAACACUCCCCCAACUUCUCCAGCUAAGAGCGUACUGUCCCAUCAGAAUGGAAAUUAUGGACAGAGUCCCAGAAAAUCCCGACCUAGUUCUCCCACAAGAAAGCAACGAGAGAUUCAAUUGAAGGCUAACAGCCCCAAGACUCGUCGUUUGGCUACAGUUUGCCAAAUGUACUUUCUGGACUACUAUUAUGACAUGUUUGACUAUGUCAUUUCUCGUCGUGAAAGGCUGGAAAAAGUUCAGGACACCUUGAUGAAACUUCCUGAAGAACAAAGGGAGAUUCAAUGGAGAAACUACACAGGAAGAGAAAGAGCUCUUUUGAGAAAGAGGAGAAAUAAACCAAGAAAUAAGGACUUUAAUAUUAUAACUCAGGUUGGCCAAGGUGGAUAUGGUGCAGUAUACUUGGCUAAAAAGAAAGACACCAAAGAGGUUGUUGCUCUCAAAGUUCUGAGUAAACGUCUGCUCUUAUCUGGAUCUGAAGCAAGACAUGUACUAACCGAGAGAGACAUUCUUACAAAUACCAGAUCUGAGUGGUUGGUCAAGUUAUUUUACGCUUUCCAAGACGCAGAUAAUGUCUACAUGGCUAUGCAAUUUGUUCCUGGUGGAGAUUUCCGUACUCUGUUAUUGGGAGCCCGUGUCUUGAAUUCUCCUCAAGCAAGAUAUUAUAUUAGUGAAAUGUUUGCAGCUGUCAACUCUUUACAUGAGUUGGGUUACACGCAUCGUGAUCUGAAGCCUGAGAACUUCCUGAUCGAUGCGACAGGUCACAUCAAACUUACUGAUUUUGGUCUGGCUGCUGGUUCUGUCUCUACAGAUAGGAUCGAAAGCAUGAAACUAAAACUGAAUGAGGUCAAGGAUUUGCAAUUCCAUCCCACAGAGAGGUCGAUUAAAGAGAGAAGGCAGCUAUACCAAUCUUUGAGGGAAAAGGAUGUUCACUAUGCACACUCAGUUGUUGGUUCGCCAGACUACAUGGCUUUAGAAGUUUUAGAAGGCAAGGCUUACGAUUACACCAUUGACUAUUGGUCAUUAGGAUGUAUGUUGUUCGAAAUUCUGGUAGGAUAUCCUCCAUUUUCCGGUGCUAGUUCUGAUGAGACAUAUCACAACCUGCGAAAGUGGAAAGAAACACUGAGACGACCCAGGUUGGAAGAUGGACGAUAUUUUUUUAGUGACCGUACAUGGAAUCUUAUCUCUAGGUGUAUUGCUUCUCCCAAAGAUCGUGUUAGAGACAUGCAGCAUGUUAUGGCUUUGCCUUAUUUUGCAGAGGUUGACUGGUCAAAUCUUAGAUCCCGUAAACCUCCAUUCGUACCAGAUCUGGAUAACGAAGAGGAUGCUGGAUAUUUUGACGAUUUCAACAAUGAACAACACUUAGCCAAGUACAAAGAUGUGAUGUUAAAACGAGAGGAGGAUGAACGAAAAGCUCAAGGUUCGUGUAGAGGUGACUAUAAGAAUUUUAUCGGUUUUACCUUCAAGCACAAGAAUGACCCUAAUAGCAACCCUUCCAACAUCUUGAGUCCUAUUUUGGACAACCAGAAUGUUAGGGCAGAUCCAAACGUGAGAUAUCAAACUCAUUUUGGUACUCUCUAUUAG